AUGGCGAACCCAUCAGCACCACCACUCAGCAGUGGAAUGGAAGGAGGAGUUCCCUCCAAUCAAGGUCGCCGCAGAGGGAGUAUAUUUAGUUCACUGCGUAAUAUUCACAGAGAUCGUGGAACAGGUGCGUGGUUUGAAGAAUUGGCAGAACAAGUAGAAGAGGAAGGCGAUGCUGCUUUUGUUCGUCCUCGAGCUCCUCUAUUUGAAAAAUCGGCACGUCCACAUGUAUUUUCAUCUGAGGAGCGAAGACGAAUGGAUAAUUAUGAAAGUAUUGAUUAUAGUGAGGUUCAAUCUUUAGUUUACAAGGCACAAAUGUCUCAACGAAAGAAGGGACGUCGUUGGCUUAAGUGGAUUAUGUUUAUAGCCGUUGGUAUAUGUGUGGGACUCUGGUCUGUAUUGUUAUUUCAGACACUUGAAUUUAUGGCUAAUAAAAAGAAAGGUCUCUUGGAGCAAUUUAUUAAUUACCAGGGGAAUAAUAAUAAAACUACUACUAUUAAUACUAAUAGUAGUAGUAGUAGUAGUAGUAGUAGUAAUACUAUUCUAGGUCAAAAUAACUUAUCAACGAACGAGUUAAAUUGGAAAUCAAUAGGAAGAGGUUAUGGUGUAUACAUUCUCUGGAGUGUACUCGCUGCAAUGCUUUCUUCACUGUGUUGUGUUGUAAUGCCUAGUGCGGCAGGGAGUGGUGUACCGGAUGUUAUGGCAUACUUAAAUGGAAUAAUGUUUCCUCGUAUAUUUAACAUCCGUAAUUUAAUUAUAAAAACACUUUCAUGUAUUCUUGCCGUUUCUUCUGGACUUCCUGUUGGUGCAGAGGGACCUAUUAUUCAUAUUGGUUCACUUAUCGGUGCUGGCAUUCCAACAGGACGUAGUCGUACACUCCACUGUAGUGCCAGUUCUUUGCUUUCAUCAUUUCGAAAUCCACGAGAUAUGCGGGAUUUUAUUUCUGCAGGUGCCGCAUGUGGGAUGACAUCCGCUUUUUCAUCUCCUAUCGGUGGAAUGCUUUUUGUAAUGGAGGAAGUAGCAACUUUUUUUCCAGUUAAAUUAGCCUGUUUGGUAUUUGCCUCUUGUCUUUCAUGUAUGUGCGUUAUUCAAAUUGUGAAUACUUAUUUAAGUGGAUGGCAAUUAUCUAUUCAUCCUUCUAUACCAUCAGGAGAAUUUAGACCAACUGCUAUUUCUAUGUUUACAGUGGAUACUAUACCUGGAAAUCGUGUUCCUAUGAAUUUACUCACUUUUAUUCCUACUGUAGUGGGUUCUAUUGCCCUUGGCUUGUUGGCUGUAAUUUAUACAGUUUCAAGUAUAAAAUUUACACGAUGGCGUUCUAAACAACUUGUGCCGAGAACACCAUUACGUGUAUUAGAACCUUGCUUAUUUGUUUUUUUAUAUGCUACUUGUUGUUAUUUCCUUCCACUGGCCUUUAACUGCGUAGAGGUUCCAAAAUAUGUAAAGGAUCAUAAAGAGGAAUUAAAUUUUGAGUUUUUUACUGCUUUUUGUACAGAUCAGGAAAAUACAUUUAAUCCAUUGGCAACACUUACCUUAACAAGCCCUUAUAAUGGUAUUCGUAUUUUACUCUCCAGACAUACUUCAUCCUUGAUACCAUGGUAUACAUGUCUGCUGCAAUUAAUACUAUAUACACUUGGAUCUAGUUAUGCGGGAGGUAUGUUUAUCUCUUGUGGUACUGUCAUUCCAUCACUUUUUAUAGGAGCUAUUGGUGGAAGAUUUAUUGGUGUUAUAUUUGGAAAUAAUGUUUGGGCAGAUCCUGGAGUUAUCGCAUUAAUAGGAUCAGCAUCCUAUUUCUCAGGUAUAUCACGUUUAUCUUUUUCACUCAUUGUUAUUAUGAUGGAAUUAACUUCAGAUCUUACACAUAUUACAUGUCUAAUGGUGGGAGUUAUCAUUGCAAAGGCAUUAGCAGAUCGCUGUUGUCAUUCACUUUAUCAUUCACUAUUAGAAGUAAAAGCAGUCCCUUUUCUAGAGGCUCAAACAAGUGUACAUAAACUUGAUAUGUUUUGUGCUAAAGAUAUUAUGACACAUCCACCAAUAACACUAAAAUCUAUUGAAAAAGUAACAGAUGUGAAGGAAUUAUUAAAAUCUACUCCACAUAAUAAUUUUCCUGUUAUAUCGAUUUCAAAAGGAACCUAUGAAGGCGUUAUUUCACGAGCUCAAUUAGAACUCUUAUUAUGGUUUGUUUACUUUAGGGAUGUAGAAGGGAAAAAGAGAGAAAUAGAGAGUGAACGACCCUAUAGUAGUUGUGGUCCUACUAAAAGCAGUAGUGAAUAUGAUGAUGAGACACAGUGUGGAGUAAUGACACCAUUGGAUAACGAUGAUUUCUAUUCACCUAUUGGCGAUGCAUUUAAUUCUAUUAAAAAGAAUGAUAGUGAUAACAGAGAAACCAUACAAAGAUUAGCCCAACAACAAUCUCAUGCCACCUAUACCGAUUUAAAAGAAGUAAAUGAAGUUAUUUUUUGGAGACGUUUACCAUCCUUACCGUCUCUAGAACUUCUACCGGAAAGUAUCUCACAAUCUUACAUUGAUCUUGCACCUUAUGUAGAUUUAAGUGCAUAUUAUGUACGUGAUGUGAUGUGUAUAUCAAGAACAUAUUAUAUAUUCCGUCAUCUUGGACUGCGACAACUGCCCGUUGUCGAUCGCUGCAAUCGAGUGGUGGGUGUUAUCACGCGCAAGAAUUUUGUGGGAGAUCGUCUGCACGAGCGCUUGAAAGAAGCGGAGGAAGUGGCGAGAAGAGCCGCAAGUGAAAGAGCACGAGACUUGUACAAGAAGUAUUACUAA